AUGUCGUCCUCUACACUCAGUUGGAAAUUUGUGAGUAUUAUUUUUCACUCAUUUUUUUCUAUUUUCAAGUCAUAUAAUUUCAAAAAAAUUUGUAAAUUUGAAGUAUCUCGCUUCCUCUGAUAAUGGAAAGAUUGUUUUACCAUCAUAAAAAAAUCAUUUCUGAAAAAAACUUGAUAUUUUUUUAGAAGAAAUUCAAACUUCCCGCUUAGUUCCACAAAUUAAAAUUUCAUAAUAAAAAAAUAUUAUUGAAUCUUUGAAGCUUUUAAAGGAACCAAUCAGAAAUGAGAAAAAAAAACUCCUGAAAAACCUCCAAUUUAAAGUAAAAAAGGCCUGAAAUUCUCGAAAAAUACAAUAUUAUGCAAAAAUGAAAAUUUUAAACAUUUUGAAACUUUGAACAAUAAUAAGAAACAAAUAUACAAAAAGAAACAGCGAUAGAAAAUCAUUUUUUUACUUUAAAAAAUGAGGGAGGAAAGUGAACGGAACGCCGCCGUCUGCUCGCCUCACCCUCAUCUCAAAAUCGCCGUUCUCGCCAAAACGAGCGAGUCGGUUGGCGUCGGGACACGCAGCAACGUAAGAAGGAGUCGUUUCCUUCGUUCAGCAUCGCUUCUCGGCCUAUUGGCUAAGAUCAAAGUGUAGUAUCUGUUCUUAUCGUAUUAACCUACGGUAUGUGCUCGAAUGAGUACAAUAUAGGUUAACUUAUUUUUGCAACCGAGAGUGGAUCCGGAGCUUGCUCCGACCGCUCAAGGGUCGUCCCAGCGUUGCACUGCUGCAGGGCACGGCCCAGACCCCCAGGGGGGUCACAAAGAAGGGAACAAAAAAAAAAAAGAAGUACUGCUUCAGGACUUCAGAUUCAAGUUAUUGAGAGUUUUGAAAGGGAGCGAAAGAUAUUCGUUAAAUUAGCGUCAUUCAGGUAAAAGGAGGGUCGAAGACUUGGCAAUGGUUGGAUAUUAUUCGAAAAAUUACCACCCAAAUAAUUCGGGUCAAAGAUUCAUUGACAUUUGAGCUAGAAUGAUGACCAAUUCCUAUCAAUGACGUCAUCUGAUGUCGUUCAAAAAGAAGUGAUCAAAAAAAAAAGAAAGAAGUACCGCUACAAUACUUCAGGCUCUGAUAAAUAAGCGUUCUUUUUCUUCUUACGCCUUUGUACCGCUUGAGCGGCGUCGGCGCCCCAAGUCGAUUAGCCGAUGUCCUAUCCUGAUGAUAAUCAGUGGACUGGCUCCAGAGACAUAUCCGUCAUUGUGUGUGACGGCUGGGGAUUUUGAAGUCGUGGUUUCCCACUACCAACAUUUCUUAAACCCCUUGGUUGGGUCGGGGCGGGGAUCGAACUUGUGACCCUGUGGAUCGUAGACAGGCACACAACCUGGUGCGCUACGGCGCGCCCAAGAAAAAGUACUUAUGAAAUGAAAUAUUCGUACUGCUCAAACAAUAAGUAUUACAAGUUACAGCGGAAAAAUAAAUUAGUGUCAUUCUGUAAAAAAAGCAUUGCCCAAAAAUUGGCAGUUACUACUUUUGAAAUAAAAAUGAUUUUUAAAAUAAAAAUGAAGUAAGUUCAAGAGAAUUAUUGACAUUUGCUCUACAGUCUGCCUUAGCGGGGUUUUUUCGGUGAUCCCAAUAAUGAAAAAAAAAGACUUCUCAUUUUUGUAAAGCUUCCGAGCUAUGACCCCACGCAAUCUCACUAAUUAUAGUCAGUUUUUAGAUGGCGUCCGCCUAUUCUCUUGCGAUCAAAGACAUGGCUAAGGAUCUUGAGAGCAAUCUCGCUGGAGAGUACUCUCUUCUCAACUUGGAAAAGGGCCUGGAGCAGACGAUUGGAUCUCGGAGUUCGAGAUAUGAACUCACCCUCAGUUGCCCAGCUCGAAAGAUCACUAAAGUACUUACCUUUCCAUAUUUCAAUCCCAAAAAGAGUUUUAGAUCUAUUCUAAUGUACAACUACCAGCCAUCACAAGCAUCACAAACCUCUACCGCCUAAUGAGGGAGGACAUCCCAGAAAGGGAUGAAUUCUCAACAUCCUUCGACAUUGUAGCGAUAGGCACAACACCGUACAUCGACGCUCUUGCCACAGAAAUCCCCGACAAAUUCCAAGCCCUCUUUGUCUAUGACAAAACAGCCACCCCGGAGACCGUAAAGACACUGGCCUCCAAAGCCCAAAUACCAGUAAUCCACCUACUAACAACCUCUAAAUGUUGGCAAAAAGUCUAUGAAGUUUUGAAAAACCGCCACUUACAACCUCUAACCACGGAAAAUUACAUCUCAAAAAUUAGAUCACUGGCCGAAUCCCCUGCCAAAAAAGGCAACUCUCCUCUUCUUCCUCCCAACCUUCGCCGAAACGUGUGUAUCAAAAAAGCCCAAUAAAACAUUUAUGUCUGUAUGUGUUUUGUUUUUGUUUUUGUUGCCUUCAAGGCUCAAACCUGCAAAGGUUAUUUUUUUAUUGGUUAGGUUCUUGUAGUUUUUCGUCUGUUUUUUAAUUUUCGUUAGGCUGAUAUUGUGUCUCCACUCAGCUACAACCACGCCGACGGUUCUAGCCCCCCUAAGAACUCUUAGCAACAGCUCUGGUUGACGACUUUUCUAAGCACGUCGAGCAGGCUGCACGAGACGAAACGGAGACUUCGUUACACGAGGACCAUGCCAAGCUCAUUCGGAGGGCCUUCAAAAACCUUACAAAACCGAUAUCGGGUAACCAAAAAAAAACUCAACAAAAGUAAAAAGCAACAAGCUUUUAGGCGUACGGUGUAACGUUCACCUCCCCAAAGUAUCGCGCUUCGCGUCGGGACGACGAACUUUGCUGAGGCUAUGA